AUGUCCUCGAGACAUUUUUUCGAACAAGCAGAACCGGGAGACAUCAACGACUUUUUUGUUGGCUUCUGCGUCGAGGUGCAAAAAAUGCUGGGGAAGCCUGAUUUAGAUAUGAAACAUGAAGAUCUGUACUUAGACAACAGAAAAUUAUUCAAAAUUAUUAUUAAGUAUGGAUCGCUUUGCGUUCGAAGCCAGUCACUGCACUGCCAGGAUCAAAUGUACUUCACGCUUAACCGUUUCACUGCCCAGAUAACCUGGAUGCCAGAAAUCAAUCCAAACCGAAUUCCCGACGGAUUACGAAACAAGUUUGGUUCCAUUGAAUCUCCAACUUAUUUAUCAGUACAAUGUGACGAGUCACUGACCCUGACACUGCCAAUCACGAAUGAGGACGAUGACGGUGACAAUAACGUGACACUCGAACUCAAACACAUAUUUAACCCUCUGGCAAUGGUGACAGGAACGUUCAAGUACAAGAAUGGUUUUUAUUCAGUGGCACCUGGCGGGAGCAAAACGAGCCAGGAAGCAACUGACGCGUUGACGUUCUCAUUCCAUGGAUCUGUACAUUUGGUCGAGAAGAAGUAA